AUGGCGCAUGAGAAUGGUGAAUUUAAUGUAUCCUCGGAGAUUUACACUGAAACGGAUUUCCAGAGUCAGGCUGGCAUUAAUGGACAUUCCAUUUCAAAAUUUACCUUUACGUGGCCAGAAGAGGACAAGAGUUCUGGGAGGAAUUCCGUAAAGGAAGAUCGAGAUGGAGAUCUUGUUGUCGUUCGUCGGAAGAAAUCAACCCUGGAGCUUGAGCACUCCCAGUCAACCAAUCUGAAAUUGGUGGGUCUUCAGGUUUGGCGAGGAGCUCUCCUGUUGGCGGACUACAUCCUCCACCGAAGGGAAAAUUUCCGUUCAAAGACGGUUUUGGAAGUGGGCAGUGGCUGUGGCUUAACCAGCAUCGUGGCGAGUAUCUAUGCUGGUAAAGUCAUCUGCACCGAUAUCAGUGAUGGGGGGAUUCUCAGCGUCAUCCGCCGGAAUAUCCAGCGCAAUGUCCGGAAGAAUGUAAAAGUACUGGAACUGGACUUUUUGCGCCCAGAAGCCUGGACAGAAACCCUCAAAAGCGAUCAGGAUGCAGGAAUUGACUAUGUCCUGGCAGCAGAUGUCAUAUACGAUGAUGACAUCACAGAUGCCUUCAUCUCCACCCUGGAUCGCCUUUUGAGUCACUCAAACCACCCAAUGAGGGUUUUAAUAGCCCUGGAAAAGAGAUACGUCUUCACCGUGGCAGAUCUGGACACCUCAGCACCCUGCUUCGAAUAUUUCCUGCGACAAUUUGAGGAGCUACGGUACUCACGUGGCUGGCGAAUGGAGUACAUUCCAAUGGGAAAGAUUCCACAGUAUUUCACCUACGAGCGUGUACCCCAAUUGAUCCUCAUCCAGAUCACCAAAAUCCCCAUUUAAAAACCACAAAAAUACUCGUGUUGUAAAAUUUAUUUAAUUAUUUUUUUUUUGCUUCAAGAGGAUGUGCUUAGAAUUAGCGAAAUAAUAAUAAAUUUCUCCCAGGAAAAUUCUGGGCAAAAUAAAAAAAAUCUACCACUUUAAUACAACAUUUUGUGAAAUAGUCUUCAACUAAACAAGUUAAUGGAAUGAAGUCCACCUAAAUUCUCACUCUUUACUGGCCACUUUAGAAUUAUCAUCUAU